AUGCUUCUCUGCCAACUCACUAUCAUUCUUUAUAAUAAGGUGCCGUGUAAAAGCGGAGAUCUCUAUCAGCAUGUGAAAGAGUUUUUGACUAUGAAAUCUGGCUACUUCUCUCAAAGGAAGAUAUAUAUGUUCAUUGAUGCUUUCAACCAGUUGGACAAAUUGGAUCUGGAGAACACGGAAUUGAACCCGGUGUCUUCGUGGUUGCCGUCUAUCCUGCCGCCACACAUCAAGUGCAUCAUCUCGAUGACACCUGGUUCAACUCUCUUUCAAAACUUGGAGAGAAGCAACAACUUUAUAGUUGAGAGGAUUCCUGAGUUGACAUUUUCUCAGAGAGGGGAAAUAGUUGAAGUCUACUUAUCGAGAUAUAGAAAGACGUUGGAAAGAAGACAGGAAAGAAUUUUUGUGGAGAAAUGCAGUCUCCCUCUGUGGAUCAUAGUGGCAUGCGACGAGUUGAGACUGUUCGGUGAGUUCAAGUUACUAACCGAGUACAUUGAAAAGUUGCCUAAUAAGUUGGACGAGUUAGUGCUGUUGGUGUGUUGUUCUGACUACGAAAUAAUGUACAAAGACGGCAAGCCGUUGAAACCGCGCCUGAUAGCGUGGAAGUGGUGUACAGUGUUCAGACACCUGAGAACAUUCAUCAGACCUUACGGAAACCUCGGAGAGGGGAGGCUUAAUUUCUACCAUCAAUCCAUGAGUGACGUGGAAUACCCCUACCAUUUAAUGAUGCAGGAUGACAGAGUGAAUAUGAAAUCAUUUUUACUAGACUGGGAGGUCUUCGAUCGUUUGUACAACAGCGUCUUCAGCAAAGAACUUAUCGACCUCUGGCGCUUUAUAGAUCAACCAAACGGGCCUAAAAACACAAGCUUACAACCUAACCAAGGAAUGUCUAGACAGAUACCAACAUGUUCGAGAUCCGACUGUGGAAGACAACAAACAAAUUAUGUUUCUGUCAGGACUAAUAGAAAUCUUGACAAGGCCAUUGAGUUAAGGAGAGAAGCUAUCAAAAGAAAUGGCAUGUUGCCAGGCGUAGAGCGAGAGACGGUAGAUAUACAGAAAAACUUAGCCCUACAGUACAACCAACUGGCAUUCUUGAUUGGCGAAAAAGUUAAAGGAAUGUCCAACUUAUUCUUCCAGGGCAAGAAGAGUGAACUAAGGUCUGAGGGCUUGAAGGCUUGUAGGGAAUCUAAGGCCAUCUACGAUAAGAUUAGGGCCUAUUCGUUCAUGCUGGAUACAUAUAUAUCUGAAGCCAAUUUGCAAAGCUCCCAAACUGAAGCACAUAAAAUAUACGCAAAGUUGAUAAGGGACUGCAUUUCGAUACACGGUGCUGAACACAACCUCGUGGUGAGGGCCUCCUACAACGAUGCCAACAUAUACGAAAAAGAGAAAAAUUUUCUUGACGCUUACAGAGGUUACAAAGUUUCUUAUCUGCUAGGGAAGAAGCUGUUGGGACCGAAACAUACUUCCACUUUGCAGUACAAAGAUAUCCUUCUGGAGCCGAAGUACCAAGCGAUAAUGAAGGAGAAGAAGGAAGAUGUUGAGAAUAUGAUUUGGGGAGAUGAUUGCUUGGAGUUACUUAAGAUCUAA